UCGCUGCAGCAAUAUCAUGCAACGAACUAUUCAAAAUGCAAUCUUCAAUACAAUUUUCUACUUCUUUGGCAAGGUCUUGCCUUCCCAAG